UUUUUCUCUUUUUAAUUCAUACCUGUAGUGGAUUGAGGAUUAAAUGGGAGAAAAAAAGGACAAAGGGAAAGAGCAGUCGAAACUCGAGAGGAGAGAAGGGAAGAAAGAGCUAGCUAGGCUAACGGUUGGGCUUAAUACUCAGCCAACCCAAAGUAGUUAACUUGAGUUUUCCCCUAAAAAUUUGCAAUGAACAGUAAAUCCGAAAUUUAAGCAACUUGCGGAUCAAUAUUAUUUACUAAUAAUAGUGUUCUAGAUUUGAUUAUCCAACCUACCACUUAUAUUCUCAUACACAAAUUUAAAAAGGGACAGUAGGAUAAUCAUUUUUUCAAAUUUCAGGGGGUGUCCCUCACUGUCAAUUAUAAUUAUUUGUCCGUACGUAAAUUACCACCAAAGGUUGGAUAAUUGUUUUCCCAAAUUUUAGGGGUGUCCCCUUGGGUCCGCCCUUGCCUACGAGUAACAAAGAAAUAAAUGAGAGCUUUAUGGAGCAUGAACCACGAGUAAGAUUAUUCACAUCGAAUGGUAACAUGAAUCGCGUCAAAAUCGUUAUACGAGUCUGGUUUAUAUCUCCGAGUUAUCAAUAUCUUGAAGAGAUAGUCGCCCCACACCUGACUUAAACUUGAAUUCUGCAAAUUACACCUACGAGAUAGAUUUCACAUUUCAGUUAGGGGACUGAAUCAAACAAAUCCAAAUCACUCAAAAUUGUCUGUAUUUCAUACUUUAUUUAGGUUUAACAAAUACUCUGAUGACACGGUUCCGCGGGAAGGAGUUUUUGAUGAUUUUCAUACUUUUAUUAAUUUUAGUUCUCAUCUCCUCGGUUUUACGGUUGGUGAGCUACAAAGAAUCCAGCUGCCGCGGAUUUGACCUGCCUCUCACAUCAUGGACUGCUCGUUCUUGCUGCCCUUUUCCCAUUCUUAAUAAUAAUAAGCUUUCAUGGCGCCAUAACAAUAAACAAAUCUGCAUUAAAAACCAUGAUCACCUUCUCCAAUUUCGCUUCUCCGUGAUAUUGUUUUAGAAGGAGACUGGUGACCUGUCUUCGUGGAGGGAAAAAAGUAGUAAUUCUUCUUGGGGCGCUACAAAGAAUCCGGCUUUAUUACAUUUCGUUGAUUUUGCUGUGGGAAAGGUGGAAUUUUUGUUCAUUUCUGUUCCCCCCUGUUUUUUUGUCCUUUCUUUGCAUCAGUGGCUAUGAAGUGUUUCCAUUAUUUCUCGAGCAGAGAGGAAAAUGGUGGAGGAGGAGGAGGGAUACCGUCGCCGCCGCCAGCAGUGCUCAAAUCUGUUUCCGGAAACUCGAAUUCUUCUUCGGUAUCCAUGUCGAACUCGACUGAUCUUGACAUGAGAAGAUCUGGGUCGGAGUUCAAUUCGCAGAACAUGUCCGAUUUCAGCACCGAGUCGUCUGCACAGAACUCGUUCGCGGUAAUGUCUCAGAGAAGACAGCAGCUGCUGCAGAGCAGUAACCUCCGCGUGUUCACAUUCUCCGAGUUGAAGUCGGCCACCAAGAACUUCAGCAGAUCGCUCAUGGUUGGAGAAGGAGGGUUCGGCGGCGUGUACAGAGGGGUGAUCAAGAGCGCGGAGGAUCAUGGGAAGAAGAUUGACAUUGCUGUCAAGCAGUUGAGCAGAAGAGGGCUCCAGGGACACAAGGAAUGGGUUACAGAAGUCAAUGUGUUGGGCAUUGUUGAGCACCAAAAUCUCGUCAAGCUGAUCGGCUACUGUGCUGAAGAUGACGAAAGGGGCAUCCAGAGGCUACUGGUCUACGAGUACAUGCCGAACAAAAGUGUGCAGGAUCACUUAACAAGUCGGUUUCAGACACCACUUUCCUGGGGAACAAGGAUGAAAAUUGCUCAGGAUUCAGCCAGGGGACUAGCUUACCUCCAUGAAGGAAUGGAUUUUCAGAUCAUUUUCAGAGAUUUCAAGUCAUCUAACAUACUUCUGGAUGAAGAAUGGAAUGCUAAGCUGUCAGAUUUUGGGUUGGCUAGGUUGGGGCCUUCAGAGGGUUUAAGCCACGUCUCAACUGCAGUUGUGGGGACGAUUGGGUAUGCAGCUCCUGAAUACAUACAAACAGGGCGUCUCACAGCAAAGAGUGAUGUGUGGAGCUACGGUGUUUUCCUGUAUGAACUCAUCACAGGCAGGCGUCCCUUGGACCGGAACAAGCCAAAGAAUGAACAAAAGCUGUUGGAAUGGGUGAGGCAGCACCUCUCUGAUAUGAGGAAAUUCAGGCUGAUUCUGGACCCCAAACUGGAAGGAAAGUACGAUCUCAAGUCCGCCCAGAGACUCGCUGCAGUGGCCAAUAGGUGCCUCAUGCGACAGGCUAAAGCACGCCCCAAGAUGAGCGAGGUUCUGGAGAUGCUUAACAAAAUCAUGGAUUCUGCACAACUCGGGACUAGUCCCCAACUCCCAAUGAAGACACUAAGGGAUCCAGAAUCUUCCAGACGAAUUCCUCGUCUGAACCUCAGCAUGAAAAUGGGAGGCAAGGGAUGGUUCUGUUGGCGAAUACAGAGACCAAAGCUUCUGAGAGCAUCACGAAAGGGAGUGAACUGAUUGUCAUCCUAGUAAUUUUGUUCAGCUGACAUGGGUAUUCUUCUCUGUUUAAGAGGUGAGGG